AUGUCUAAUUCAUCUUUUUUAUUGUCUUUAUCUUCUUCAAUUGCAAAAAGAGUAUGUUUAUGUGGGGUUAAAGCUGAAAUUAAGACCUCAUGGACACAACUCAACACUGGACGGAGAUUCUUUUGCUGCAAAACUUCAAAGAUGAGAGGUGGGUGUAAUUACUUUGAUUGGUGUGAUGACAAAAUGCCUCCUCAAGAAAAGAGGGUGAUGUGGGGUUUAUUGAAAAAAGUUAAAUCAUUUGAUGAAGAGAAGAAUCGAUCAAGAAAAUUAAUAGUGAUAUGCGUUGGUGAAAUAGUGAUUUUGGCUAGAUGGAAUUUCUUCAAGAAAUGUUCUUAG